GGUGGGGGCGACGUGAGGAAGGGACGACUUGGAUAACGUUGCGCACAAACGACGCUGCGAGCGCCAGUUAGUUACUGGGUGAGCGUUAGAGGAGCACUAUCCCCGACCGAGUCUCGUGGAAUUCUCUCGUGUCGUGAUGUCAGAAGUAUUCAAACUAGGUGAUCUAGUAUGGGCGAAGAUGAAGGGAUUUUCGCCUUGGCCCGGCCGGGUAUCAAAUCCUUCAAAGGACUUAAAGAAGCCUGCUAACACCAAAAAGGGACCAGUACAAUGCAUCUUCUUCUUUGGAACAAACAACUACGCAUGGAUAGAAGAAUCCCACAUUAAACCAUACCAGGAGUUUAAAGAUACUUUAGUGAAAUCUAGCAAAUCAAAUGCAUUCAAAGAUGCAGUAGAAGCUAUAGAGGAGUUUAUCGCAAAAGGCGAGGUGUUUGAAGAUGGUUUGGAUCCAGAUUCUCUGUUUGACAGACUUAAAGAAGAAACAAUUGCUGAGAAGAAAAGUGUCACUAAAACGCCGAAACCACGCAAGGAAACGCCGAAAGCUAAGCGAUUAGACAGUGGUGCAGGUGAUGCUCGUCGACCCGCUAAAAAGCCGCGUAGGGAUUCAAGUAUCAGCAAUAGCAAUAGAGUUGGAAGCAUCAGUCCUACAUUGAAUCACUCUACUCCGCCGAGAAAAUCGGGCUCGACACUUUUGAACAGACCAGCAAAUAUCGCCAGACCUGUCACGCCUCCCCUGGAUGUGGAAACGCUGUCACAGACUCUUAAAGAGAAGAACAUCCUGCCGUCGAACCUGAAAUUCGGUUUCCUCGGACUCGGUAUCAUGGGUAGCGGAAUUGUGAAAAAUUUGAUCAACAGCGGUCACAAUGUGAUUGUAUGGAAUCGGACGCAGGAGAAGUGCACAGAUUUCGUAAAGGCAGGCGCAGAGCAAGGUUUGACACCAUCCGACGUUGUGCUAGCGGCUGAUAUCACUUUCUCCUGCGUGGCCGACCCUCAAGCUGCCAAAGAUAUGGUUUUCGGCAAUUGCGGCGUACUGACGGAAAUAACAUCCGAAAAGUGCUACGUCGAGAUGACGGGCAUAGAUGCGGAGACGUCUCAGGACAUCGCCGAGGCAAUUAACGGCAAAGGGGGACGUUACCUGGAGGCGCAGGUGCAAGGUAGCAAAACGCAAGCUCAAGAAGGAACCCUUGUGAUCCUUGCUGCUGGUGACCGGUCACUAUUCGACGAGUGCCAGUCUUGUUUCGAGGCUAUGGGCAAGAAUAGCUUUUAUCUUGGCGAAGUUGGCAAUGCUUCCAAGAUGAACCUUGUGCUCCAACUUAUGGCUGGUGUGACUCUAGCCGGCCUGGCGGAAAGUAUGGCACUAGCAGAUCGUGCCGGGCUUCAGCAGAAGGAUGUCUUGGAGGUUCUGGAGUUGACGUCUCUAGCGUGCCCGGCGAUUCUUGACAAAGGCAAAGCUAUCAUCGAGGGUGGCUUCCCCACUCAAUUGCCGUUGCAGCACAUGCAGAAGGAUCUGAGAUUGUCCUUGGGUAUGAGCGACCAACUGGAGCAGCCAUUGCCGUUGGCCGCUGCAGCCAACGAGGUGUACAAGCAUGCCAAGCGUCUCGGAUACGGUGAACACGACGCCUCGGCCGUUUACAUCAGGGCCAGGUUCUAACGCAGCAUUCUUGUGUCACCUUCUGCUACAUUAUAUUUAUUGCGAUACCUGACGUUGUUUCCCGCCGCUACAGGAGGCAGAGAGAGGGAGAGGAAGCGUAACGCGUGCUCUAACGAGACAUAUAGCCGGUUUGGUACGACUUAGCGAUGUAUACGCCGUCAUAUUUGUAUGUACGUCGUUGAGAUCUUAUAUGGAGAAUCUUAUACGGAGAAAUAGCGAGUAUUUUGAGUGAAGAUGAAUCGACCAUACGAUAACGACAAUUGUUGGUGAGAGGUUUGAUGGUCGCGCGUCCAGAAGAAUAAGUAUUGUUGCGCAGGCACGCGCGAGAUACAUUAGUUUUACGUACCCUCUGACGUCUCCCACCUCAAGGUGGUACUGGCGAUAAUUAGUUUAACGCUAAUAAGCGGGAGUAUUCUCUUAUCUUUUCUUUUUAGCGAUUAAUUCCUCAGCGUGUGUUCGCUGAAAGGAAAGAGAAAAGUGAAAAAGGGGAAGGCAACACACACUUCGUGCACACGAACGAAGAGAUCGACGUCGGUUUAUAAAUUGGCGGUCGAGAGCUCUCUGGAGUCGCGUCUCGACUUCGAUCGCGUGAGACGCACAGGCCUUCGGCUCGGUAUCGAGAGAUUCGGGACGUGUCGAAAAUAUAUGUGCCUUACGAUACCGAUUGAAAAGAGGAGAGGCCUUCUCUUCCACCCUGACAUGGAAGGGAAUGUUUCGAGAGCCGCGGCGGUUGAUGACAAAUAACACAUACACGCGCGCGCGCGCGCGCGCGCAUGCAAAUACACGUUCACAUACAUCAGUUUGGAAUUACCUUAAUGACUGCGAUUGACUCGACGACGACGACGACGACGACGUUAAUGAUGAUGACCGUAGGAGAA